CACCCAUCCAUCCUUUCUCCUCCCUACCUCCCGCGGUUCUCUCGCAAAACGCCCUCCAAAAUGGCCACCGACCUCCGCACCCUCCUCACCGAGCUCCACAGCAGCCUUAACGCCCACAACCUCGACAAAGCCACCACUCUCCUCUCACAAGCCAAGCGGACCCUGCUGCUGCAGAAUGCCCUGAUCCCGACCCCGACGUCCCCGCGCGACCUCCUCCCGCUGGCGCGCGAGAUCCUCGAGCUCGGCGCCCUCGCCUCAAUCCGCCAAACCGACGCCCCGGGCUUCACGCGUUACUACCAACAACUGCAGCCCUUCUACGACCUGGAACGCGAGGGACAACAACAAGAACAGACGAGCACCAGCAGCCAGCGGAGCAAGAUUACGGGACUGUAUCUGUUGCUGCUGUUGAGCAUGGGUGACAGCACGAGCUUCCACACCGUGCUGGAGGGGCUGGUGGAGGAGGCCAGUCUGCAGGGGCGGAGCGUCGAGGAUGAUCCCUUCAUCAAGUACCCUGUGGAGUUGGAGCGCAAUUUGAUGGAGGGGAGCUAUGAUAAGGUGUGGCGGGAGACGAAUUCGGAGAGGGUGCCUGGAGAAGAUUUUGGGUUGUUUUCGAGUGUCCUCGUGGGUACCAUCCGCAGCGAAAUCGCCGAUUGCUCCGAAAAGGCCUACCCCUCGUUGCCCAUCUCCAACGCCAAGAACCUGCUCUUCAUGGAUUCGGAGGGUGCGGUCAUCGAGUUCGCGCAGCAGAGGGGGUGGGUAUUGCGGGAUGGCCGCAUCUACUUCCCCGUUGAGCCGGAGGCGGCCGCCCGCUCGGAGAAGGAUAUCCUGGUCGCGAGUGGGACGAUUAUCGAGAAUGCCAUCGGGUAUGCACGCGAGUUGGAGACGAUCGUCUAGAUUGUCUUCUCAUCUGGUUGGGGGGUGUACUUAGACAAAGAUCAGCGAUUUGGGAGUUGUAUUGUCUACAUCAUAAUGAGAACCUAUUUAGAAUGCCCUUUCUAAAAAUCACGGCCGUU